ACUAAUUUUACGAGUCAUUAAGAAUACGUAACGACAAGUCUGCUUACAGUGUAUUUUGAUCAGUUUCAUCAAAAUAGCGAUAUAGUGAUAAUAUAAUUUACCUAAAGGUAAUUAAACACAUUGUAAGUUGUAAACCACAAUUUUAUUCUGUUAUCUCAUACAUUAUACUGAUUGAUUUUCCUUUUCAGUAGUUUCGUUGCCGAAUUGAACCAAGUUUCACAUAGAACUUUAAUUUCGUGUCAAGAGAAAGAAUGUCGUCGGAAAUGAAUGAAUUGAUAGAAAAUACAAAAAUGGCUAGAGAAUGUGCUCUAUUAAGCAUCUAUGAGACAGCUCAAGUUUAUUAUCAAGGAGUUUUACAACAAAUACAGAAAAUCAUUAGAACUAUUGAGAGAGGAGCUGAAAAAUCCCGAUGGGAAGAAACACUGGCCGCUUUAAGAAAAGAGAACGAUCUUAUAAAAGAAAUAACGGAGACGCUUGCUAGCUUUAGAACAGAAAAUCCUGUGAAACCUAAUUAUCAAAUAGAGGAGCCAACUAAAGAUCCCGAUGUUUGGCCACCUCAACGUCAUCAUGUUAUCAAAAAACAACCUCCAAAUCGGGCAGCCGGAGCUGCAAAGAAACAGGAACCAAGAGGAGCAGCCGGGGGAGUUAAUAGGCCUCAAGCAAAUAAGUAUGAGCGCAAAGACCAGAGGGAGAGAGAAAAACCCAAAGAAAAACAAAAUAAAGAUGAAAAGGAAUUUCCAACUACAGGCUAUCCAAAAGAGCUUGUUGAACAAGUCGAGCGUGAUAUAGUAUCAAAAAAUCCGAAUACUAGAUGGACAGAUAUUGCAGGUUUGUCGGAGUUAAAAGUUCUUCUUCAAGAAGCUGUGGUAUUACCUUUGAUUCGACCAGAUGUUUUCAAAGGGAUAAGACGACCUUUGAAAGGAGUUCUAAUGGUAGGGCCACCAGGAACUGGUAAAACACUUCUAGCCAAAGCUGUUGCCACCGAAUGCGGUACAACAUUUUUUAACGUUUCGAGUGCUGGUCUCACAUCAAAAUGGCACGGUGAAAGUGAAAAACUUGUUAAACUUUUAUUUGAUAUGGCUAGAUUUUAUGCACCUUCAACAAUUUUUAUAGAUGAAAUUGAUUCAAUAGGUUCAAAGAGAGGAAGUGGAGGUGAACACGAUGCCACCAAAAGGUUGACAUCAGAAAUUUUAAUUCAGAUGGAUGGUGUAGCUGGUGCAGCUGGAGGGGAUGUUGAAGUAGAUGCCGAAACAGGGGAGAGUAAAGUUGUGAUGGUCCUUGGAGCUACAAACUUUCCGUGGAAUUUGGAUAAUGCUUUACUAAGGCGUUUAGAAAAGCGUGUUUAUAUUCCGCUUCCUGACACAGAGGGUCGAUUGCAAUUAUUAAAGUUGAAUCUCAAAGAAGUAGCACUUGCUAAUGAUAUCUGUUUCGAUGCUCUUGCAAGCAAAUUAGAUGGAUAUUCUGGGGCUGAUAUAACAAACGUUUGUCGUGACGCUGCGCUUAUGGCUUUGAGACGCCGAAUUGUUGGGUUAACUCCUACAGAAAUUAAAGAUAUUCCAAAAGAAGAAUUAGAAUUGCCCACAACGAUGCAAGAUUUAGAGAGAGCAAUUGAUAAAGUUUCAAAAUCUGUUUCUAGCGAAGAUUUGGAAAAAUUUGAAAAAUGGAUGAAAGAAUUCGGAGCUGUUUAA